UUGUGACGUUGCAUGGUGACGUCACGCCAGUGGUAAACAAACCUAUCAGCCGAGCCAUAGCUGCAGCAGCGGACCUGUUGGCCUGACGUGAAACAGUCGGUGGUGCAGCGAAAAGCGUCACAGAAAUCAACAUGGCGGACGAAGUGGACGAGUACGAACACUACAACUACGAGGCGGACCGAAUCGCGGCCAAGGGCAGCGGCAAGGGGCGGUCCAAAACCGAGCAGCGGGAGCGCACGCACUCCGACCCGAGCGGAGAGACGCGCAAGAUCGUCACCAACAUCCAGAACGCCGAGAAGAAGGAGAAGGAGAAGAACUUGACGAAGCAGGCGCACGCCGCGCAGCACGCGAAGAAACAGUCCUGACGACGUGGCGGACAGGAAUAAUUUGAGGCCAGUUUGAAGAAAGAACAGGAACUACAACGGAUCUAAUGAUUACGGAAACACGGACUUGUUGCCUGUUUUUAGGGACUUCCUUUUGAAUAAAACGUUACAAACGUUUAAAUCCCGUGUCGGUUG